UCUCAACUUAAACCAUCUGUACCAUGUAACAAUAUGAAUAGUGAUGAACUUGAACUAUAUACUACUCGACAAUUUUUCUGGCAAUUGGGUUCUCAAGAUCAUCAACCACCUAUUACUUGUGAAAGUACUAAUAUCCAGAAUCAAUUACCAUCUAAUAGCGAACUGGAUAAUUACUUUCA